CCAGUAUACUUCUGCUCUAGAAUAGUAGCUAGCAAGCUAACACUAAAGCCGCACUUAUACGCAAGCAUGAGCUUCUCUUCGCGCCUGAAUCAUGUCGCUAUUAUUGGAUCAGGCGUCUCAGGUCUAUCUCUUGCCCUUGCUCUGUCCCAAGCCUCUAUCGCAGUCUCUGUGUUCGAAGCCCGCCCAGCAAGCCAUGACAUCGGUGGAGGAAUUAUGCUAUCCCCUAAUGCCUUACGAGUUCUUGACUCACUAGGCGCUUUCCAGAAGAUCCGAGCCAGCAGUUACGAGUUCGAUACCUUCGUUUUCAAGAAUGCGACAGGUGAAACAACCGACGUCUACUACUUCGGUUCUACGGAACAAUACGGUUACCCCGCACUUCGAGUAGAAAGAAAGAUCUUGCUGAGUACAUUGACAAUGAUGGUCAGGGAGCGAAAGGUCGACAUUGAGUAUUCGAAAGGCUUCGUGCGCAUCAUCAGCGAGUCCUCCAAAGACCAAACUGUUACGUUCGAAUUGGAUGACGGCUCCACUCGCACAUGUUCGCUUCUUAUCGGCGCUGAUGGUAUUCAUUCACAAGUACGCGAACAAAUCUUUCCUUCGUACAUGCCGGUGUACUCUGGGUUCACAGCAAUCAACUGUACAGUGCCUCGGUCAGCACUGCGCAUUCCCGAGGGCUACGACCUUCCUGCAACUGUGAUGGCCCCACCUGGUGCUUUCCUGCUGGUCCCCCAGAAGCAAGAUGGCAGUGAGCUUCUCAUUGGUUCGCAGAUGCGUAUGCAAGAGCGGACCCGGGAAGGCUGGGCAGCGCUUCGCGCUGACAAGCAGGGUUUGCUGGACACCCUCAACGAAACGAAGGAUCAGUGGCCCGACAUCGUCCAAUCGGCACUCGAAGCUGCACCGGUGGAUAACAUGGGAAUCUGGCCUUUCUUUACCGUUCCUGCUUUGCCGCGCUGGGCGUCGGAGACCUCAUUGGUCGUGCUGAUCGGCGAUGCGGCACAUGCAAUCCCUCCUACUGCUGGACAGGGGGUGAACCAGGCCUUCGAGGAUGCAGCAACCUUAGCGACUCUAUUAGGAAAGCUAUCCGCCAACAUCACAUUAGAAAGGGCCCUUUGCUGGUGGCAAAAAUACCGCCAAGCGCGGGUGGACAAAGUUAUGGAUCUGACAAGGCAGAUGAACGCAAAACGGUUGCCUGCUUCGGAGAAGGCAAAGUUGCCCAAAGACACGAUUUGGUCUGAUGAAGGAGCAACCAGAGGGGACGGAAAGCAGCUGUCGUGGCUUUAUACCCUAGAUCUCCUGCAAGAGGUGAACGCGUGGAUUUCUGACAACGAUAUCAAGGAUUGA